CACACUUUUUUGAGUGUUAAACAGAGAUAUUCAACAAAACAUUUAUACUUUUAUUGUAUUGUAUUCCUCAAUUACAAUUUAGUGUAAACUUAUUAAUUUGGAUACUAUAUAUACCCUAUUCAUUAUAAUUAUAAUGACUAGGAAAAGUGAAAGAAUCACAAAGCAAGGCCAGGAAAAUGAGUUUAAUCCAGUGAUAGAUGCAGAGUUCUAUAUAAGAAAGCGUGAAGACAAGGAGGGCUUUGCUGUUAAAGAAAUUACUCCAGAGAUAGUCAACAUGUGGAAUCACCAACUUGAUGUCUCCUGGACAGAGUACAGAGGUAGCUAGUGAUACAAAUGAAUCACAGUAUUCAGGAAUUGUUAAUUUGUCUGAUGGCAUUAGUGUCCAACAGUCUUCUGAGGUUUCACAGCCAGCUAUUGGAAACAAUAAGGUGAUAUUGUCUGAAACUAUACAGCCAGAACCUUGUACUGAAGAGACAGCAGUAUCUUGUAGUGAUGAUGGAACAACUCUUGCAGGCAACAGGAGUGAUGAUGGUGAAAAUGAGGAGGAAGAUGUAGAUGACAACAACAAAGGAUUAAAGGGAACAAGAAAUCCAAAAAGACCAUGUCCAUUUUGUGGUAUAUUUCAAAGUCGAUUAAGCAGGCAUAUUCUAACUAAACAUAGAAACAACGAUGAGGUAAAGGCAGCAAAGCAGCUUCCAGUAAAGGACAGAAAUCAGGUCUUGUGCAAUUUGAAAAGGAGAGGCUAUCACCAGUACAACUUGAUGCUAAUGAAAGAGGAUGACUUUGAUGUGAAUCAAAUAGUUAAGGAAAGGCAGGCAAGAAAACAGAGGGAAGGAAAUGCAAUGGAAAAUAGGGUUAUGUGUUCCUCAUGUCAGGGGUAUUUUGUAAAAGAACACUUGAAGAUUCACAGAAUCAAAUGUACAGCAGCAGAGGGAACAACAAUAACACCAACUGCAAUUCCACUUUCUGCUGUUAGAGAUGAUGGUUACUCUGAAGAUUAUAAGGCAGACAUCUUAAGUGGCUUUUUGGAUGACACAAGUGGAAAGUUUUGUAAAACUGAUAAAUACCUAAAAGAUUUUGGAUUUUACAGUUACAGAAGAUUUGCAGCAAGGAAGGACAAAAACCCACAGAACAGAAAAAAUAUAAUGAAGCACAUGAGGAUGCUAGCAAAUCUUUUCUUUUGUUUUAAAAGCGAGGCAGCUAAAAUUGGCAUAGACAUAAAUGCAACAUUAGACAUGUUUAAAAUGGAACACUUUACCACUUUUAUGGAUGCUAUCCAUGUGAUGGCUGCAAAAGAUGAUGGUGGUAUGAAAUCUGGAUUAAAAAAAAACGUAGGUCAUCUUUUAAAAAAUGUUAUUAGACACAUAAAAGGGCAGCAUUUAUUGCAGGGUAAGAAAGAUGAGCUGGUAAAAAUUGAGGAGUUCAAAACAUUAUUUGAUUACUACAGAAAGGAGAUAUUCGAUGGAGCUGAGUACAAUUGUAUUAAGAAUAGACAGGAAAACCUUAGACGACCACAAUAUUUACCUCUUGAUGAUGAUGUAAGAAGAUUGCGGAAUUACACUUUGACUGGAAUUGCUCAGAUGGAUGACCCAUACCAGAUUUUAGAUAUGAAUGAAUAUCCCCGGCUUAGAGAUCUUGUGGUAGCCAGAAUUACACUGUUCAAUGCCAAGCGGGGAGGAGAACCAAGUAGACUUACUAUAAAGGAAUGGAAUGAUGCAAAAGAUGGUGUCUGGUUAGAUGAAACCCACAAGAAAAAAGCCAAAACAUCAGAGGAACUUGAAUUAUUUGAAAUAUACAAAUUGUCAUAUCAGUCUGGCAAAAGUGUGUGCCAUAUGCUCCCAAUGCUCAUUCCGAAAGAUUCUUGGAAAGCUAUAAGAAAGCUUACUGAUCCACUGAUAAGACAGAUGGCAGGUGUAAAACCUAGUAAUAUAUAUGUAUUUCCAAAUAUCAAAGGUUCCAACUUUCAUGUAAAUGGAUGGAAUAGUGUAAACAAAGUAUGUAAGCAGGCAGGGCUGACAAAAGAGAUUAACGCCACCCAAAUGAGACAUUACAUGUCAACUGUGUUUGCAAACUUGGAUGUACCAGAGACAGACAGGCAGGCUUUUUAUAGACACAUGGGCCAUUCAGAAGAAAUCAAUAAACAUGUGUACCAAUGUCCAUUGGCUGUUCAAGAAAUUACAAAAGUUGGAAAGUUUUUUUAUCUUAUGGACAAAGAUGGCAUCAAAGCUUAUCCUGAUUCUCAAUCAUUACCAGCAAAAAUGCAGAAUGCUGACCAAGAGGAUGUGGCAGGUACUUCAUAUGACAAUAGUGGUGGUACUGAUGAAAAUACAGAUAUAACAGAGAGUGAUGAGGAGUCAAGUUCAAGUUCAAGUUUGGGAAAAGCAAAGAGAGGGAAAAAAAGAAAGAAAAAAGUCAAUAGAUACAGUUCUUCAGAGGACGAUUCUACUCCACAAAGUGACGACAGUUCGGAUGAAGGCAACAUUCAACAAAAGAAAGGAUUGAAGAAAAAUAGCAAAGGUAGCAAUCAACAAAAGAGAGGAUUGAAAAGAAAGAGCAAAGAUGAAGAAAUUGAAGAAGAAAUUGCAGAACUAUUUAGAACAAGAAAGAAAGGAAGACGAUAUGUUCAAUGGAGUGAGAAAGAUUCAAACACUGUAAAAUCCUACUUCAAACAAUAUAUCCAGGAUGUAUCUAAAGAAGGUGCAAAAGGGAGAAUGCCUGGUUUUAAGGACAUAAAAAUAUUUAUGGAGUUGCAUACUAAAGUAAUGGCCCAAGAGAGUGACUUUUUGACAAGGAGAGAUAUCAUCAAAUCAAAAAUAUUUAAUGAAAGAAAAAAGUUCAGAGGAAUAUAUGAGGAGAGGAAAAAGAAAUAUUCCUGUUAAGACUGUUCUUCAGCCUGACACAGAGAUUUGGUGUACCUAUAGACUGUUCUUCAGCCUGACACAGAGAUAUGGUGUACCUGUAGACUGUUUCUUAGCCCAACACAGAGAAUUGGUUAACCAUUAAACUGUUUUUCAGCCUGACACAGAGAUUUGGUUUACCUGUAGACUGUUCUUCAGCCUGACACAGAGAUAUGGUAUAUCUGUAGACUGUUCCUGGGCCCAACACAGAGAAAUGGUUAACCAUUAAACUGUUCUUCAGCCUGACACAGAGAUUUGGUUUACCUGUAGACUGUUCCUCAGCCUGACACAGAGAUAUGGCUCACCUGUAGACUAUUCCUUAGCCCAACACAAUGGUUAACCAUUAGACUGUUCUUCAGCUUGACACAGAGAUUUGGUAUACUGUAGACUUCCUCAGCAUGACACAGAGAUUUGGUGUACCUGUAGACUGUUCGUCAGCCUGACCCAGAAAUUUGGUGUACCUGUAGACUCUUCUUCAGCCUGACACAAAUUUGGUGUACCUGUAGACUGUUCCUCAGCCUAAAACAGUUAUGGUGUACCAGUAGACUGUCCUCGGACUGAUGCAGACAAAAUGUGUCAACUGUACUAUCUACUACCAUCUGUAACCAUCAUUUGUCAACUGUACUAUCUACUACCAUCUGUAACCAUCAUAUGCCAACUGUACCAUCUACUGUUAUCUGUAACCAUCGUUUGUCAACUGUACCAUUUACUGCCAUCUGUGACCAUCAUAUGUCAAUUGUACCAUCUACCACCAUCUGUAACCAUCGUCUGUCAAUUGUGCCAUCUACUACCAUCUGAAGCCAUCAUCUGUCAACUGUUCCAUCUUGUUUCUAUCUGUAACCAUCGUCUGUCAACUGUACUCAUCGGCCAUCAACUGUAUCAUCUUUUACCAUCUGUAACCAGCGUUUGUCAACUGUACCAUCUACAACCAUCUGUAACCAUUGUCUGUCAACUGUCUCAUCUACUACAAUCUGUAACCAUCUUAUGUCUACUGUACCGCCAUCUGUAACCAUCGUCUGUCAACUUAACCAUCUACUACCAUAUGUUACCAUCGUCUGCCAACUGUACCAUCAACUGCCAUCUGUAUCUUCUGUCAACUACCACCAACCGCCAUCUGUUACCAUCUUCUGUCAACAGAACCAUUAACUGCCAUCUGUCAAUUGUAAUAUCUGCUGCCAUCUUUAACCCUAGUCUGUCGACUGUACCCAUAGGCCAUCAACUGUCUCAUCUACUACCAUCUGUAACCAAUGUUUGUCAACUGUACCAUUUCCUACCAUCUGUAACCAUCGUCUGUCAACUGUACCAUCAACCGCCAUCUGUAACCAUCGCCUGUCUACUGUACCAUCAACCGCCAUCUGUCACCAUGGUCUGUUAACUACCAUAUACUACCAUCUGUAACCAUAGUCUGUCAAUUAUACCAUCUACCACCCUCUAUAACCAUCGUCUGUCAACUGUACCAUUUCCUACAUCUGUAACCAUCGUCUGUCAACUAUACCAUAUACUACCAUCUGUAACCAGCGUGUGUCAACUGUACCAUCUACAACCAUUUGUAACCAGCGUCUGUCAACUGUAACCAUCGUCUGUCAACUGUAAAAUUUACUACCAUCUGUAACUAUCAUCUAUCAACAGUACAUUCAACUGCCAUAUGUAAUCAUCGUCUAUCAGCUGUACAACUUGCUGCCAUUUGUAAGCAUUGUAUGUCAAUUGAAACAUCUACUGCCAUCUGUAACCAUCGUCUGUCAGCUACCAUCUACUACCAUCUGUAUUCUUUGUCAACUAUAUCAUCUAUCAGCUCUAACAUCGUUUGUCAAUUGUGAUAUCUGCUGCCAUCUUUAACCAUCGUCUGUCAACUGUACCCAUCAGCCUUCAAAUAUCUCAUCUUCUACCAUCUGUAACCAUCAACUGCCAUUUGUAACCAUUGUCUGUCAACUUAACUAUCUACUACCAUCUGUAACCAUCGUCUGUCAACUGUACCAUCAACCACCAUCUGUAACCAUCGUCUGUCAACUGUCCCAUCUACUACUAUCUGUAACCAACGUCUGUCUAUACUGUACCACCAACCGCCAUCCGUAACCAUCGUCUCUCUACUGUACCAUCUACAACCAUCUGUAACCUACCAUCUACAACCAUCUGUAACCAUCGACUGUCAACUGUACCAUCAGCCACCAUCUGUAACCAUCGUCAGUCAACUGUCCCAUCUACUACUAUCUGUAACCAUCGUCUGUCUAUUGUACCAUCAACCGCCAUUUGUAACCAUCCUCAGUCAACUGUCCCAUCUACAACUAUCUGUAACCAUCCUCUGUCAAUUGUACCAUCAACCGCCAUCUUUAACCAUCGUCUGUCAACUGUACCAUCAACCGCCAUCUGUAACCAUCGUGUCUCUACUGUACCACCAACCGCCAUCUGUUACCAUUUUCUGUCAACUGGACCAUCUACUACCAUCUAUGACCAUCAUAUAUCAACAGUACCAUCAACUGCCAUAUGUCACCAUCGUCUAUCAGCUGUACAACUUGCUGCCAUUUGUAAGCAUUGUCUGUUAAUUGUAAUAUCUGCUGCCAUCUUUAACCAUCGGCCAUCAGCUGUCUCAUCUACUACCAUCUGUAACCAUCGUUUGUCAAAUGUACCAUUUCCUACCAUCUGUAACCAUCGUCUAUCAACUGUAUCAUUAACCGCCAUCUGUAACCAUCGUCUGUCAACUGUCCAAUCUACUACUAUCUGUAACCAUUGUCUGUCUACUGUACCAUCAACCGCCAUCUGUCACCAUCGUCUGUCAACUGUACCAUAUACUACCAUAUGUAACCAUCGUCUGUCAACUAUACCAACUACCACCAUCUAUAACCAUCGUCUGUCAACUGUUCCAUUUCCUACCAUCUGUAACCAUCUUCUAUCAACUAUACCACAUACUACCAUCUGUAACCAUCCUCUGUCAACUGUACCAUCAACCGCCAUCUGUAAUCAUCGUCUGUCAACUGUCCCAUCUACUACUAUCUGUAACCAACGUCUGUCUAUACUGUACCACCAACCACCAUCCGUAAUCAUUGUCUCUCUACUGUACCAUCUACAACCAUCUGUAACCAUCGACUGUCAACUGUAUCAUCAACUACCAUCUGUAACCAUCGUCAGUCAACUGUACCAUCUACUACUAUCUGUAACCAUCGUCUGUCAACUAUACCACAUACUACCAUCUGUAAACAUCCUCUGUCAAUUGUACCAUCAACCGCAAUCUGUAACCAUCGUCUGUCAACUGGACCAUCAACCGCCAUCUGUAACAAACGUCUGUCAACUGUCCAAUCUACUACUAUCUGUAACCAUCGUCUGUCUACUGUACCACCAACCGCCAUCUGUCACCAUCGUCUGUCAACUGUACCAUAUACUGCCAUCUGUAACCAUAUUCUGUCAACUAUACCAUCUACCACCAUCUAUAACCAUCGUCUGUCAACUGUUCCAUUUCCUACCAUCUGUAACCAUCGUCUGUCAACUAUACCACAUACUACCAUCUGUAACCAUCCUCUGUCAACUGUACCACCAACCGCAAUCUGUUUCCUUUUUCUGUCAACUGGACCAUCUACUACCAUCUAUAACCAUCAUAUAUCAA